AUGAGAAUCCUGUCCACCACUCUUCUGGUGGGAGCCGCUUCUGCGGCUGCCCCAGGCCUGCAGCAAGUCCUUGGAGCUCACAAGGAGUAUGCGGAGAACGUUGCCCAGCAGGGUGCCAAUGUAGUCUCCAAGCCACUUGAGCACCUCCAGGAGCAGUUCAAGACUCUCUCUGGCGAGGCUCGCAAGAUGUGGGAGGAAGUCUCUAACUUCUUCCCGGAGUCCAUGAACGGCGCUCCCAUUCUGUCCUUGCCUAAGAAGCACACCCGCCGUCCUGCUUCCCACUGGGAUCAUCACGUCAGUGGCGCCGACGUUCAGGACCUCUGGGUAUCUGGUACCGAUGGCACCAAGGAGCGUGAGAUUGAUGGCAGACUAGAGGCCUAUGACCUCCGCGUUAAGAAGGUUGACCCUAGUGCUCUCGGCAUUGACCCUGGCGUCAAGCAGUACAGUGGUUAUCUGGAUGACAACGAGGAGGACAAGCACCUGUUUUACUGGUUCUUUGAGUCUCGCAACGACCCUGCAAAUGACCCCGUCGUCCUCUGGCUGAACGGCGGUCCCGGUUGCUCGUCCCUCACCGGACUGUUCUUGGAACUUGGACCCAGCUCCAUUGGCGAGAACAUCAAGCCUAUCUACAAUGACUUCUCGUGGAACAACAAUGCCUCUGUUAUCUUCCUCGACCAGCCAAUCAACGUCGGCUACUCUUACAGUGGCUCCUCCGUCAGCGACACCGUUGCUGCUGGCAAGGAUGUCUACGCUCUCUUGACCCUGUUCUUCAAGCAGUUCCCCGAGUACGCUAAGCAGGACUUCCACAUUGCUGGCGAGUCCUACGCUGGUCACUACAUCCCCGUCAUGGCUUCCGAGAUUCUCGCUCACAAGAAGCGCAACAUCAACCUCAAGUCUGUUCUCAUUGGCAAUGGUCUCACCGAUGGCCUGACCCAGUACGAGUACUACCGUCCCAUGGCUUGUGGUGAGGGUGGUUACCCCGCUGUUCUCGACGAGAGCACCUGCCAGUCCAUGGACAACGCUCUGGGCCGCUGCCAGAGCAUGAUUGAGUCUUGCUACAACAGCGAGAGCCCCUGGGUUUGCGUUCCUGCCUCCAUCUACUGUAACAACGCCAUGCUCGCACCUUACCAGCGCACCGGCCAGAACGUCUAUGACAUUCGCGGCAAGUGCGAGGAUGAGAGCAACCUCUGCUACAAGGGUAUGGGCUACGUCAGCGAGUAUCUCGGUCAGCAGAGCGUCCGCGACGCUGUCGGUGCUGAGGUUGACGGUUACGACUCCUGCAACUUCGACAUCAACCGUAACUUCCUCUUCGCCGGUGACUGGUUCAAGCCUUACCACCGCCUCGUCCCCGGAAUCCUUGAGCAGAUCCCCGUUCUGAUUUAUGCCGGUGAUGCCGACUUCAUCUGCAACUGGCUCGGCAACAAGGCCUGGUCCGAGGCUCUUGAGUGGCCAGGCCAGAAGGAGUUCGCCGCUGCUGAGCUUGAGGAUCUCAAGAUCGUGCAGAACGAGCACGUUGGCAAGAAGAUCGGCCAGAUCAAGACCCACGGCAACUUUACCUUCACCCGUAUCUUUGGCGCUGGCCACAUGGUUCCCAUGGAUCAGCCCGAGGCUGGUCUGGAGUUCUUCAACCGCUGGAUUGGUGGUGAGUGGUACUAG